AUGGGCAAAAUCGGACGUAUCGCGUGCGUUGCCACGCCUAUGGCGCUGUCGCUGGCAUCCUUCAUCUGCCUGAUUCUCGUUUUCCUGGGCAAUUGGACCAAGAGUGACGGCAACCUGACCUCCAUCUACUUCAUGAAGGCCGACAUGUCCGAGUUCAGAAGCAACAUAUCCUCGUCCUCCUCUAUAGAUAUACCCUUCACCGACGCAGACGACAAGUUUCUCGCUGCACUGACCACCACCGCCAACGACAACCUGAGCGACAUCUACACCGUCGGCCUUUGGAACUACUGCAGCGGUGACAAGAACUCGACUGGCAUCGACUACUGCAGCGGCCGUAAGGCUUCCUACUGGUUCAACCCCGUCGAGGUCUGGGGACUUAACAACACCGCUGCCGAGGACGCCAUCCCCGACAAGCUGGAGAGUGGCCUCAAGAUCUACAAGAAGAUUGCCAGCUGGAUGUUCGCUGCCUACACCAUCGCUUUCUUCGCCACGCUCGCCACGCUCCUUCUCGGCGUCCUGGCCGUCUUCUCGCGCUGGGGCAGCUUCAUCACCACCUUUGCCGCUUCGGUCGCAACCCUCUUCACCCUCGCCGCGUCCAUCACCUCGAGCGCGCUCUACGGCACCCUCGUCGCCACGUUCAAGUCGGUCUUCGAGGAGUACAACAUCGAGGCCUCGAUGGGCGGCAAGAUGAUGGGCAUCACCUGGCUGGCGACGGCCUUUUCCAUCGCCGCGGGGCUCUUCUGGGUGCUGUCGACGUGCUGCUGCUCGGGCAAGAGCGACCGCAGCGGCCGCAAGAAGGUCACGGUCGAGAAGACGCCGUACACGUACGAGCGCGUGCACUCGCCCUUUGGCGGCGCCGGCGCCGGCGCCCAGCACCAGCAGCAGCCGCAGCAGUCGUACGGCAACGUGCCUCUGAGGGACAUGCAGGGAAACAAGGCCCCGUCUGCGUACGAGCCGUUCAGGCACGAUAGCCGUGUCUAA